AUGCACGCCCUCACGCUGCUGUCUGCCGCUUUGGCCGCUGUUGGCCAUGCCAUGCCGCUGGCCAAUAACAUGGCCACGCGCGACCUCACCAACAGCAGCCUUGCUGCCGAUCUGAAGAUUAUCGCUCCCACUACCGCGACCUGCGACACGACUGCCAAGUACGGCAAUGAGUGCCGCACCAACGAGCAGGCCGCGGGUCCCAUCCUCUGCUCCUUCAACAAGUACCAGAUCACCAACGUCAACGAGCAGGCGGCCGUCAUCUCACUCAUGCUCUACGAGAGCGGCCAGUUCAAGUACAACUGGGGCCACUUCAUGAACGGCCAGGACGAGCACGUUCCGGGCAAGGGCACGCGCAACAUGCAGUCAGCCACGUACAAUGAGGAGUACGCUCGCACUCUCUUCUCUUCGGACGAGGUCGACAAUGCCAAGGUCAACGGUGCCGACGCCAUUCUCCAGCUGGUCAGCCCCGACGAGUACAGCUUUGCUUCGGCGGCGUGGUUCCUCAAGAACAAGUGCACUGAAGCCCAGCGCACCGCUCUUCAGUCCGGAUCCCAGGACGGUUUUGAGAGCUACGUCACGCAGUGCAUUGGCGGCACCAUGGACCAGGACCGGAUCGACUGGUGGACCAAGAGCAAGGCGGCUUUGGCUGGCUGA